UUAGUAUGUUGCUCAUAACUCACCUCAAAGGCUUGAACAUAUCCAAUAAUUGGCUGAUGUAUUUUGCACAUUCCUCGCAAACUUACCUCAACCUCGUGGUUCCGGUUGACUAGAUGUACAUAUUAUAUAAUAUAAUAACCAUAAAACCAGUGAAAAUGAAACUGGACAUCAUCUUAGGGCGAAGGUCGCAACCGUUAACCGAUAACAUUCCGUGUAGCCAGACGCUGUGGAUAACUGGUUUUACCAAUUUAGUAUCGUUCCUACAUCAAAUAGGUACUGGUUAUAAACCUUUCAGUCUAACGUAGGACUUUGACCGUUCAUCGUCGUACAUACUAUUACACUUUUCUCAUCCCAUCUAAAGAUCGCGGGAAAUAUUUACAUCAAUUGCAUAAUUGCCAAGAUGUUGAAUAAAUCAAGCGAUGGAUGAUAUUAUAAUGUCUUAAAUAUUUUUUGUUAUUAAUUUACACUACCACCAAUCCGUGUUCACUAGUCAAAUUUACAAAUCAAAUCGUUUGUUUAAGACCAAGUUCAAUAAUAUAAUUAAAAAUUAUGUUAAAAUCAACCAAGAUCAAACACAAAGAUGAACCAGCUGAGGUAUAUGAAGUACCACUCAAAUCUAAGUCAGAAAAACCAAAUUUGGACGGAGAUCGGUUGAAUUUAUUCCUAUUAAUAAUACUAUACACAAUACAAGGAUUUCCUAUAGGUGUAUCGACGGCUCUUCCAUUGAUUUUACAGAGUAAAAAAAUGGUAACCUAUGAAGAUCAAGCAUCAUUUAGUAUGGCAUUAUGGCCUUAUAGCAUUAAGCUCCUAUGGGCUCCAAUUAUAGACGCACUCUAUAUAAACUCGAUUGGUAGACGAAAAUCCUGGCUAUUACCUCUACAACUAUUAUUGGGGAUCGCAUUUUUUUACAUGGCCAUCAAUAUGGAUGAUUGGUUGCCCGAGACAGGACGACCAAAUCUUACAAUGAUAGUGCGAAUGAUCUUCGUCGUUAACUUUUUGUCCGCCACACAAGACAUCGCCGUCGAUGGUUGGUCGUUGACAGUGUUAAAAAAGAAAAACGUGAGUUAUGCUUCAGUGUGUCCUUCUGUGGGAGUGCCUAUUGGCAUGUUCUCGGGUUCUGUUUGUUUUACUUUGCUGGUAUCUGAGGAUUUCUGUGUCAAACAUUUUGGAACUACUCCCGGCGCAGGAGGAAUUAUGACUAUGAAAAGUUUUUUUAGUAUUUGGGCUAUCGUAAUUUUGAUAGUGACAGUAUUCAUUGGAUUGUUUAAAAAUGAAAAGCAUAUAUUGGAAGAUGGCCACAAAAAAAUCAGCGUAUUUCAGAAUUAUAAACUAUUGUGGGACAUUUUUAAGCUACCUCGUGUUAGAAUAUUGGCAGUAGCAUUGCUGACAAUAAAGAUAGGAUUCACUGCUACGGAAUCUGUAACACCCCUGAAAUUAAUUGACUCUGGUAUACCCAAGGAUGACAUUAUGAUGAUUACUUCAGUAAUGUAUGUCAUGAAAUUCAUUUUUCCAUUAUUUGUAUGCAAAUAUGUUACGAGUUCGACACCAAUGAGUUACCAUCUGCAAAUGACGCCCAUAAGAUUAAUUUGUGGUGUAGUGUUUUCCGUGUUGGUUUAUUAUACACCAAGUUUAAUAUACGAAGAUGGACCUACUAUUACUAUACCGUUGUAUUAUUAUUUUAUAUUAGGAUUGAUAUCUCUUGUAAACGAGAUGUUGAGUUUAUUUUUGAUGCUGACGCUAAUUGCAUUCUUUUGUAAAAUAAGCGACCCCCGUUUCGGUGGAACGUACAUGACACUAUAUAAUACAUUUUACUUUUUGGGAUGGUUAUUACCGAAUACUUUUGUUUUGAAACUGAUUGACAUUUUAACUUUCAGCAAGUGUACAAAUAAUGUUGAAAAUACUUGUAACACGAAAAAUUUUAGAGAUCUAUGCUUUGAGGAUGGAGGAACUUGUGAAAUUUAUGUGGACGGAUACUAUGUAUCAAUGGCCAUAUGUACGGCUAUUGGAUUCAUUUGGUACUUCACUUUUAGAAAUAUCUUAAAAAAGUACCAAUUAGUGGACCUUUACCAUUGGAUGGUACAUGGGAAAAACCUAAAUAACGGAGAAGUAAAUGAACCAUGCAUUUUAUCUCCAGCGUGAUUUCAAACAAUGGCCAUCCUAAAUGUAUGGAAAUCUAAGUACAUUUUGAAUAUUAUGUAAAUUAAAACAUUUUUGUUUAGCAAAAAAAAAAAUAAAAUCAUUUAUGUACUUAAAAAGUAUCCUUAGGCGAAUGCAGAAUAUAAUGCUGCAACAUGUCAAAUAAAGUUAUUUUGUUUAGAAGA